CGUAGUCAUAGGAUAAUAAUUUGCACGCCCAAAUCAUAGCCUUCCGUUUUUGAUCGGACGGCUCGGAUAAACCGAAACGCCUAGAUGAUGAAAGCCUCUGCGAUUCGAUGCGCGUAACCCCCUCUCGAAGCGAUAAGCCCCGUGGGAGAGACGAGCGCGCGCUCCGCUCCGAGCAGAAAUGGCGGCGAGGUUGUGGGCGGCGGCGGUGGCGCCGGCGACCUUAAACCCUCCUCUCCUCACUCUCUCCGCCUCCUCCUCGCCGUCGUCUUCUCGCCUCCGGCGUUCGGUUCUCGGACGCCUGCGCAGCCGCGCCCCGCGCCCUGCCGAUUUCGUGUGCCGCCGCGCCAAGAACGCGGCGUACGACGACUACAAGUUCCCGGACCCCAUCCCGGAGUUCGCCGCGCAGGAGACGAGCAAGUUCAAGGAGCACAUGAUGUGGCGGCUGGAGCAGAAGAAGGAUGACUACUUCGGGGAGCACGUGGAGGAAAUCGUCGACGUCUGCACCGAGAUACUAGGAACUUUCUUGGAGCAUGAUUAUUGCGGACCUGGGACUCUCCUAGUUCACCCAUUCUUGGACAUGAAGGGUGAGAUCAAAGAGAGGGGGCUUCCUGGGGCACCUCAGGCUGCGCGUGCAGCGAUUGCAUGGGCUGAGAAGAAUAUUGACAAGGACUGGAAGGCGUGGACCGGAGAAUACUAGGCCUAUUUUUUCCGCCAUUUCUUCUGUUUGUUGUAUGAUGUAUCAGCGGAUGUAUCACUAGUUUUGGUGUUUGAGUAGAGGCUUGAAUCUAGACUAGUCAUGUUAUCAGAUCCAGAACUCACGCAAUGCAUUAAUUAUAUCUUCUGAUCCGAUGGAUCUUUGGUGAA